GUUCCGUAAAAUGCCAACCUUAUAAAUACCUCUCUUUCUUUCUGUGUUUCUAUUAUUUAGUGCCCUACCUCUUCCUCCUACAAUCGCAAUCUGCUCCCUUUCGCAUACCUUCAAACCAUUCUAGCCCUAAUUUCUUCUUCUAUCUAUUUAAUUUCUCCAUCUUUUCCCACUGUUUUAUCUGCAAUCUCUUCGUAACCCUUAUUUUUUGCCCUUCUCUUUUCAAACCCUAAUUUUCUUAACCAGUAUCUGAUCUUUUGAAUCUCUCUUGAUUUGUUGGCAAUUCCAUUUAAUCCAAGAUAAUAAAUAUUGUCAGCAAAUUUGUUCAAUUUGGUUCUUAUUUAUUUAUUUAUUAAAUUCCAGAAUCUUAGCCUAGAAUUUUGUUUAUAGCACAAAAUUUUAUUUUGGCCAACGGAUUUAUAAUUUUUCUCUGUGUAUUAACAUCUGCAUCAAUUACGCACCUUUGAUUGGUCUUGGCAUUAGGAAGAAAUGGUUGGGGGAGGCAGGAGAGACGAGGGAUCACUGGUGAUUAACAACAAUAAUGUGUUUGCGGCCCUUGAAACUCUGAGGAAGAAGAAGAAGUCUGAUAAGGAGAGGGGGACAUCAAAGAGCGCCAAAGGGUCUUCCAAAUCUCAGCUACCAAAACAGCAGCACAAAGAACCUGAGCCUGAAGUUUUCUGGGCCCCUGCCCCGCUCAAUGCUAAAUCAUGGGCAGAUGUCGAGGAUGAAGAUGAUGACGAUUACUUUGCUACCACUGCCCCACCUCAGGCCGUUUGGGUUUCCUCAGAGCCACAUCAAAGUGACGAUAAGCCCACCAACAUAGAGGAAAGUGAGAGUGAAGAAGAUAUUUUAGAUGAAGGUGAUGAUGAAGUGGAUGAAGAGCAUGACCAUGAACCAGAGGUUCCAGUGCACUCUGAGCCAGUGGCAAAGAAGCUUCCUGAAGUUUCUGCAGUGCCUAAGGAGACAGAAAGGCAACUUUCAAAGAAGGAAAGGAAGAAAAAGGAACUUGCAGAGCUAGAGGCCCUUCUGGCUGAUUUUGGAGUCUCUCAGAAGGAUAGCAAUGGCCAAGAUCAGUCACGUGAUGCUGCACAAGAAGGAAAAGAGCCAGAGCCUAAUGCAGAGGGUGAAAAGAAGGAAAGUGCCCCUGGAGAGUCCAAAAGUGCUAAGAAGAAGAAAAAGAAGGAUAAAUCAAAGGAGGUGAAAGAACCCCAGGAUCAGUCAAACACUUCUGAAGUCGACAAUGGGGCAGAUGAAGCUGCUGGAACUGAACAGGUAGAUGAAGAUUCUUCUGCUGUUGAUGUGAAAGAGCGUCUAAAGAGAAUGGCAUCUGCAAAGAAGAAAAAAUCUAGUAAAGAGAUGGAUAAUGCUGCAAAAGCUGCUGCUCAAGAGGCUGCUGCAAGAAGUGCAAGGCUUGCUGCAGCCAAGAAGAAAGAGAAGAACCAUUACAACCAGCAGCCAGUGCGGUAAAGUGCCCCUUUUUUGUUUCACACGCAUAUGAACAUGUAUUUCUCGCCGUUCAUAUGACAAUGUGAAAUAAAAUAUCUCCCGUCUGUGGUUUCAAAAAAGGAUGACUUUCUAGUGUACUGCCAUGGACCAAAAGUAAGUUCCCCUCUGCCUUUUUGGAUCUUUAUUGUUGCUUGAUUGUCAUGGAAAACAUAGUUUUAGCAGUUUUGUUAAUCCAAACUUCUUCUUUGGACAAUGAUUGGACUUGAAUUUUGUGUAUCGUAGUCCUUUCAACAAAAUAUUUAGCGCCGUCGAUGGUUGAACAUUA